UGUGGGGUCUACUGGGAGCAGCUGUUGGGGAGCUCAGGAGGCCGCGUUUUGCCCCCGCCCCAGGGCAGGGCACGGGCUGGCUGCCAGCACGCUGCCCCCCCUCGGCUCGAUCUGCAAGGCUCAGCCCCGUGUUAAUGAUCCACCCACAGCUGGCUGCGCCGUGCUGGUGGCAGCAGUGGGGCCGGGGGGCCCGGUGCCCCACCCUGAGUCCCGGCAGCCCUACAGGCACGACGCAGCCAUGGCGGUGGUGUCGGUGAACUGGAGGGCCGUCACCUCCUGGGUGGGCAUCGCACGGCUUUUCGCCGUCCUGCUGUCCUGCCUCUCCUUCAGCCUGGUGGCCUCCACCGGUAACUUCAGAGGGCCCUACGGGACGUGGUGCAUGUUCACCUGGUGCUUCUGCUUCGCCGUCACGCUGUUGGUGCUGCUGCUGGAGCUGCUGGAGCUGCCCCCCAAGCUGCCCGUCUCCUGGGACGACCUGACGGCCGCCUUCGCCAUGCUGGCGGCCCUGAUGGUGUUCACCAGCUCCGUGGUGUUCCCAUCCGCCUUCAUCUCCAGCCCCUGUACGGGUGCCCGCUGCGCACGCCAGGCGGCCGCCACCGCCAUGUCCUGCCUUUGCUUCCUGGCCUACGCCCUUGAGGUGGGGCUCACCCGCGCCCGCCCGGGGGACAUCAGCAGUUUCCUCUCCACCGUACCCGGCUUGCUGAAGGUGUUCGAGGCUUACGUCGCCUGCCUCAUCUUCUCCCUGCUGGAUUACUACAGCUCUUACGCCGGCUUGCAGUGGUGUGUGGCCGUCUACUCCAUCUGCUUCAUCAUCACGCUCCUCAUCAUCCUCUUAACCAUCGGCCGCUGCCUCAGCUACAUGCCCUGCCCGCUGGAGAAGGUGCUGGUGGCCUACAAUGCUCUGGCCCUGCUGAUGUACCUCACUGCUGUCAUCAUAUGGCCGCUGUACAGCUUCAACGGCCGCAGCCGGCCCAAUCCCUGCAAUACGGACUGCUGGUGGAACAAGAGCCUCGGCGUCACCUUCCUCACCAUCUUCAACUUCCUCGCCUAUCUCGUGGACCUCGUCUACUCCACCAGAAUGGUCUUCAUCAGGGCCCCUUCCUAAGGGAUGGGGGGUUAUGGGAUGCAGUGCCGCGUGGGGCCAGGGGAUGCAGAGCUGAGGAAGAGGCCGAUGCCUCGGAAAGCUCCAUCCCACCAGCCGUAUGGGGUGCUGGGUGCU